AUGGCUCAAGAAGUCCAAGGGCAGAGUCACGGCGACUCUCCCAGCAAUCCUCUAGUUUCUGCUCCGACGUCGACAUCUCCCUCUCUAGCUCCCAUCGCCGCGUCUGCUGCUCCCCCAGCAUACGCCGCCAGUUCAGCACCUGUAGCUGCAGCCGAUACGACCCUCCCGUCCCUCGCCGCCGCCAUUGCUGGCACCUCUUCCUCAACACCACCGGAUAACCCGACCGCCUCGACCGCCUCCGCAGCUCUUCCCUCCGCACCCGUGCCCGCCGCCGACCCCGACGUCACCGCUGCCUCAUCCGCACCGACAUCUACGCCGGCCUCGGCUGCUGCUGUCUCUGCUGCCCCGUCCGCGGUCCCUCAGCAGAACGGCGACAGCAGGGCUUCCGAGGGUGCUUCGACGCCCUCGUCCAAUCCGGAAAUGUCCAACCAGCACCCAGGAGCUCCCCAUGGCCAGCCUGUGAGCUAUCCGGGUCCCUCGACGCCGUACGCCACGACGGUUGGCGCGACCACCGCCCAGUAUGCUUCUUAUCCUGCUGUGACGAGUCAACAACAGAUGGACGCAUAUCGACCAAACCCCAUGCCCGUUGGGAGCAACGUCAUGUCACUACCGAGCAUGCGUACGAUCGAUCCGGUCCCCCAACAACCGGGGCCGUCCGUGACGAAUCCUCAGGGCAUGCAGAUGAGCAUGCCCAUGGCGCCUGUGUCGGGAGGUUUGCCAUACUAUGGCCACCAUGGAAUGCCGAUGGCUGCGGGUUACGGGAUCCCCUCGGACCCCAUGUCUCGAUACGCUCUCCCGCACGAUCCGCGACUGCUGGGACAUAGGGGGCCAAAAAAGGAAAUUAAGCGUCGGACCAAGACAGGAUGUUUAACCUGCCGAAAGCGCAGGAUCAAGUGCGACGAGACUCAUCCUACCUGCAACAACUGCAAAAAGUCAAAACGCGAGUGUCUCGGCUACGAUCCGAUCUUUCGACAGCAACCGGGUGGUCAAUCGUCGUCAAAUAUUCAGCCUGCGCCCUCAAGCCAACGCACUCCACCCGCGAUACCGAGCUCUAUCCCCUCGACGAUCCCCUCGUCAAUCGCGACCAACCCAGGCCUACCUGCACGGGCGACCAACUCCUACGGUAGUCAGCCGUCUAUGCUCCCGAGCUCCUACGCUACUGCACACGUGACCACUGCCAGCCCCAACCCGUCCAUCACGUCGCUCAGCUACGAGUCCAGCCUCUCCACUGUCGCGUCUCCUCCCAUCAAGUCCGAGUCCGGAUACGAAUACUCAUCCGCAAUCGAUCCGGCACUGCAAAGCCUAGCUUCAUCAGCGAUCCAGGACGGCUCAAGACCAGUUGACCAAAAGCCUCUGGACAACAACCUGCAUCUCAGAGGUGGCGCCCCCUACUUUUGA